AUGGCUCAGACGCAUCUCGUUUUUUCGUACGGAACUCUGAAAUGCGGGGAGCCAAAUUUUCACAUAAUGAGCAGCCCAGAAACUGGCAGUUAUCGGUUUGUUGGAAUUGGUGAGACUGUUAAACGCUACCCUCUUGUGGUGGGAUCUCAGUAUUCAGUCCCGUUUCUGCUUCUUGUUGAAGGGAAAGGAGAGAAUGUUCUGGGCCACAUAUUUGAAGUAAAUGAUGAAAAGCUUGCAGCACUUGACGAAUUAGAGGCACAUCCAGAUCUUUACAUUCGAUUAAAAACUGAAAUUGCUAUGACCCACGAUGAACACAAGAACCCCAUUGAGCCGCCAGAGAUUCGGGAGUGCUGGGUGUACUUUCUACCACGUUUCAAGCCAGAGAUGCUGGAAUUACCUUACUAUAGAAAUUAUACGUCAGUUUCUGAUGACCAUCCUCCUUACGUUGAAAGUGAAGAUCUCUGUUCAGUUGAUCAGAUUGAAUGA